CCGAGCCCUGGGGGUUGGCCAGCCUCCUCUUUUUGGUAACGACAAAAACAAACGCCACUAUAUCUAACUUUUAGACCGAGAACGUUAGCAUUCAUUAAUCUCCUUGCAGAAGCGGGAAGGGGACAAAACCCAUUAAGGGUUAACUCAAUAUGCAAAACACAGUUUUGGCUCUUUACGUAUUUUUUUUUAUUUCAGCACCAAACCUGUAAGUAGUCUUCAUUGUUCCCAUUCUGCGGAAGAGGAGAUUGAGAAUCUGAAACGAGGAGCGACUGUCCUAACAGAAGGUAGGACAAAGUGGUGAAGACUUGGAGCUCUGGAGAUGGAAUGUCUUGGUUGAAAGCCCAGCUCUACCAAUGAGUAGAUGUGUGAACUUGGGUGUGUUAUUUCAUUGCGGUAAAGCUUCCAUAUUAAAUGGGAAAGUAAAUGUACCUCUUUAAUUAACUGAAUUAAUGUAUGUGAAGUACGAAGUGUUCAGUAUAUGUUAGCACUCAAUAUGUUAGCUAUUAUCAAUCUUUUAACCUCAGAGAGCCUUGUGUGCUUGUCACUCACCCUAAACCCCACCUGUCUUCAAUACUGUUUAUGAGCCAAGCAUCUGAUUCCACUUAAACAACCUCUUCUGGAGUAAAUUGAGCAGGGGGAAAAGAUUGACUUGUGUCCUGGGUCAUUGUGAAGAAGGGAGGGAAGCAAUGUGGGAUUGGAAAGUAAGCGGAAGUGUUAUUGUUUGUGUAUGUAGUCUUAAUUUACAGUCUAAUUGACCUUUUUCUUUGCGGUUGAAAAUAUACUUUGUGAAUGGUAGGGAUAUACUCAAGAGAUAUUGGGUGUGUCUGCUAGAGAAAACUGAAGACUUUUAAAGUUACUCUGAUGCCUUUAAAAAUUUACUCCACAAACUUGGUUGUGUAACAUAUCUUAAGACUUUAUAUUUAAUAAUAAAACUAGAUCUGAUUCUGUUCCCUUAUUUAUAGUAAUGACAAUUAAAUCCUUGUUAUUAAUUGCCUUACCUACAGAAUUGUGGGAGUGCCCUAGAUUCUUAGAUGGAACAUAACAUUUUGGGAAAGGCAAUAUCUUUAUACCAGAAUAUACUGGGCAAAGCUAAAUGGUCCUAGUAGUGGCUCCAAGAUUUGCCAGACAUCUUCAGUAGGGGGCUCUUUGUCAAGUUCUUGACCUUCUUUAGGUGUAUCUGAAGUCCUGUUCCCUCCCCAGAUUACUGGAGGGAGCCUACAGAAUCCACAGACUUCCAUUUUCUUUCCAGUCUUAGAGGAAUCUCUUCUCUCUAACGUGCUUUCAUCCCUCUUACUCUCAAAAACGCUUCUCUUUCUUCUUCUGGAUGACAUAGCAACCUCUUUAAUUAAUUAAAAAUUAUAUUCUUUUGCCAUUAACAUAGCAGGAUGUUCUUGUAGAGUUUUAUUCUUCCAAAAAGGAAGUUGGGCCUGGCUGUUGCAAUGACUCAGGGAAUUAAAAAGCUCGCCCAUACUGUGUACAGCCAAUCUCAUCUAUGGCCAUUUUUCUUCUAAUCAUAUAAGUCUUCCCUAACGAUAUUACCUAAAGUAAGCCAGCCUCCCAAUAAUCUCUUUCAUAAUACUCUUUAAAUUUCUUUCAUGCAUUUAAUACACUUUUAAUCUUGUUCACUUGUUUUAUUUUUUUCUCCCCAACCCAGAACACCUUAUUUAUUGCUCUAAUGCUACCUCCUGAAGCAGAUUAUGAAUACAUAUAGUAAUUUACUAUAUAACUAUAUAGUUAAAAUUUUAAAGUGUUUAUUUUUGAGUAGACACAGAGUGCCAGUGGGGGAGGGGCAGAGAAUGAGGGAUACCUAUAUUCGAAGCAGGUUCCAGGUCCUGAGCUGUCAGCACAGAUCCCUACACAGGGCUCAAACUCACCAGCCAGGAGAUGAUGACCUGAGCCCAAGUGGGAUGCUAACUGACUGCGCUACCCUGGAACCCCUAUAACUAUAUAGUUUUAACUAUAAAACUUUUUGAACACGUACAUUAAAAAGUAUACAAAGGUAUACGGUGAAUGAUCUUCAUGCCACCACAUGUUUCCCGUAAACCUAGUUCCCCUUACAGGAGAUAACUUACCAGGUUCUUCAUACAUGAAUUUGUAAUCUAUGUUCUACUCAAUUUAGAAUUUCUAAGCCCUGGGGAUGUGCUGACGAACAGGCACUACUCUACAAGACCUUCUUCUUCUUCUUUUUCAAGUUUUUAAUUAUUUUUCAUAAUCUCUACCCCCAAUAUGGGGUUCGAACUCAUGCCCUGGUAUCAAGAGUGGCAGGCUCCUCCGACUGAGCUAGCCAGGCGCCCCAUGAUUUUAAUAGUCUUAUAAAGGGUCUUGGGUCUUAAAAGGGUCUUAUAAAAAGUCUAUACAGGGUCUUGACUACCUCCUUUCACUCGUUUCUGUAACUCCUAGGGACGCUGGGAGAGGGGAGAGCUGACCACGGAACAUCUCAAUUUCCGGUUCACUAGUAACUCUGUAGUUUGACAGUUACCAUGGCUCCGGGCGCUGUGCGUCUUACGCUUUUCCUAGGCGCUGGCUGAUGGCGUAAUCAGUUCCGGCGCCCUACGAGGGCGGGGAAGCAAGCAGCCGGGGCUCGGGGCUGAGAGCGGCCGUGGGGCCGCCUCCCCGGGCCCCCUGGCUCCGCCAUGUUCCGCAGGGCACGCCUUAGCGUGAAGCCGAAUGUCAGGCCUGGUGUAGGCGCCAGGAGCUCCUCCGCUCCCAACCCCCAACGUGGACAAGAGGCUCCCAGGCCCCCGGAUCCUGCAGCCGCUUCUUCCCCGAAGCCAGCGGAGUCUACAGAUGUGCCCCCGGUGGAUUUCGGGGGAACGGAGCCGCAAGAAAAGCCUCCCAGGAGCAGUGAUGAAAAGACUGACAAUGAGAAUUAUGUUGAAGAAUCCAGUAAGUCUUCCUCUGCUGUUUCACAGAGAAGAAAGCGAAUAUCAAGUACUACUCUGGUUAAGCCUGGUGUCAGUGUUCCUUCAGAAUCUCAUCCCUUAUCUACAGUUAAUCAAGAAGUUCCACAGCCAAAGCCUAUUUCAACAAAAGAGAAACAGCCAUGUUCAGACAGAUACCGAAUAUAUAAAGCCCAGAAACUAAGAGAAAUGUUAAAAGAAGAAUUGAGAAAGGAGAAGAAACAAUGGAAAAACAAAUAUGCCAUAAAUGAAAGUCAGAAGCCACCAGAUCGUUCAAAAAUGACUAUGAGAGAUUUCAUAUAUUACCUGCCAGAUAAUAAUCCAAUGACUUCUUCACUGGAACAAGAAAAGAAAACUGAAAAAUCAUUGACACCAGUCCAGACAAGAGAUAGGCAAGAAGGUAAAAGUACUCCUGAUGCUGAAGGUCAUGAAGAAGUAGAAGAAGAAGUGGAUGACGGGCCAUUGCUGGUUCCUCGAGUAAAAGUGGCAGAAGAUGGUUCCAUUAUUUUGGAUGAAGAAAGUUUAACUGUAGAAGUUUUAAGGACAAAAGGCCCCUGUGUUGUUGAGGAAAAUGACCCCAUAUUUGAGCGUGGUUCUACAACUACAUAUUCCAGCUUUAGGAAAAACUAUUAUUCUAAACCAUGGUCAAAUAAAGAAACAGAUAUGUUUUUUUUAGCCAUCAGCAUGGUAGGAACUGACUUUUCUAUGAUUGGACAGCUUUUUCCUCACAGAGCAAGGAUAGAAAUUAAGAAUAAAUUUAAACGUGAAGAAAAAACAAAUGGAUGGAGAAUAGACAAAGCCUUCCAGGAAAAGCGCCCUUUUGACUUCGAUUUUUUUGCUCAUUUGCUUCAGAAAGUUCUUGCUGAAGAAGAGAAAAGAAAACAAAAAUCUGUUAAAAAUCAGAGUUCAAAGGAGAAGAAAUCUUCUAAACCACGGAAAAACGUAAAAGCAAAAAAAGUUGCCAGUGAAGGAGGAAAUGAUGAUCCAGAUGAGUCUCUGAGCAGCAAAAUUUCAGAUACAGAACAGUCUCAAAAGGAUGCUCAAACGGGUGAAGAAGAACAACAGUCUCAGACUUUAUCAGAACAGGAUUCAGAACAGAUUGCAUUAGAAACAGACCUAAAUCAAAAGAAAAGAAGAAGAAAGAAUCAGGAUGAAACUGGUAAACAGGAAGUAAAGAAUCUUUCAGGAAAUGCCACUGUUCAGUUACAUCAUUCUAAAGGAGAAAAAUACAUAAAUAACAGUCAGUCUUUAAGGCCUGAGAUGAAUGAAGAUGAAGGCAAUAAGGAACAGAAGCUUUCUUGCAUACAAAAUAUAGAUGACAUUGUGGAUUUAUCCUCCAGUGAAAAAAUUGAGAAAAGAACUGAUCCUAUCCUUUUAUCGAGUGGUCAACAAGAUGCCACGCCAUUAGCAGCUGAGACUUCAGAAUCAAGCCCUUCAGAUUUGCCUUUAUCAGAAGUUGAAAUUAGCACACCAAGUGAGGUUAAUAAUGCUGAAAGUAGUUGUACAGAAGAAAGCAACAUUGACCUAAAAAAUAAAUCAUUGGAAACUGAUCAAUCAGGAAGUGUUAAACUGAUGGCAAGAAGACAACUGCAGAGACCUAAACCCAAUUUGUCAAGGGCAGUUGGGAAGAAAUCUGUUCUUUCACAAGGUAAAACAGAUGCAGAGAGCAAGAGUUUACAUGCCGAAACUUCAGUGGAAAAGAAUCAAAUGGAAAAGGAUAAAGUGAAUACAUCUGACAUUGCUGGAAUGGAAUAUACAGAGAAAGUGAACCCAGAAACUGAGACUGUAUCUAAUUGUUCUAGUUUGAGUGAAAAAAUUGGUGUUCAGGACGACGAUCAAACAAAGGCUUUAAGACCAGCACGACUAAUGAGGGGCCGAUUGCAAAGGCCAAAGCCAAAUAUAGGUAAAGCUGCUGAAAGAAAAGAAAUUCUUACAUCACAGGAAAAAAUUGGGGCAAAUGUAAAAAAGAAUGAAAGUGAAUCCUGUAUUGCUAGAGAUAGUCCUGAACAGGUAGAAGAUCAGUCAUGUAAAAAUUUUGACUUUGAAGACAUCACGUCACAAUCUGAGAAAGAAGAUAAUUUUUUUCAAAUGAAUGUUAGUGAGUGUCUAAGUAUUCAAGAGGAUAAUAAAGUCCCAGUUCUGAAAACUCGGUUACAGAAACCAAAGCCAAAUAUAGGAAGAGGAGCUAGAAGACGAGAAGUUUUCUCAAAGGAAGAGGUAUCAGAGGAGAUAGUUGCUUCGGGACAAUUGACAGCAGCUUUGGGAGAAAUUAAGAGAGUGGAAGAAACCUUACCAAGGGAGAAGAUAUCACUGGAGGCUAAUAGUACUAAGGAAAUGGAGUCACAUUUUAAAAAAACUAGGAGAAGAGAUGUCUCUCCCAUAGAGCAGAUAGCAGAAACGAUUGACAACACUGUGGAAAUGGAGACAGAUUUGAAAGAAACUAGAGGAGAGAUUUCCUCAAGGGAGAAUAUAUCAGAGGUGUCUGAUAUCAUUGAGGAAAGAGUGACAGAUUUGAAAGAAACUGGAAGAGAGAUUUCCUCAAGGGAGAAUGUAUCAGAGAUGUCUGAUGUCACUGAGGAAAGAGUGACAGACUUGGAAGAAACUGGAAGAGAGGUUUCCCCAAGAGACACUAUAUCAACGAUGUCUGAUGUCACUGAGGAAAGAGUCACAGACUUGGAAGAAACUGGAAGAGAGGUUUCUCCAGGGGAGAAUAUAUCAGAGGUGUCUGAUGUCACUGAGAAAAGAGUGACAGAUUUGAAAGAAACUGGAAGAGCAGUUUCCCCAAGAGACAGUAUAUCAGAGAUGUCUGAUGUCACUGAGGAAAGAGUGACAGAUUUGGAAGAAACUGGAAGAGAAGUUUCCCUAAGGGACAUUAUAUCAGAGAUAUCUGAUGUCACUGAGGAAAGAAUGACAGAUUUGGAAGAAACUGGAAGAAGAGAAAUAUCCUUACAGGAAGAUGCCCCAGAGGAGGUCAGCACUACAGAUGAAGUAGAAACAGGUUUGGAAGAAACUGGAAGAGAGAUUUCUGUAAGGGAGAAUAUACCAGAGGUAAUUGAUGUCACUGAGGAGAGAGAGACAUCUGUGGAAGAAACUGAAAGAAGAGAAAUAGACACACAAGGAAAGGCCUUACAGGUCAAGACUCUAGGUGAAAUGGAGACAGAUUGGAAAGAAAUUGGAAAAGAAACUUCCCUGAGGGCAAAGGUACCUGUGGAGAUCAGUGCCUUAGGGGAGAGCGAGAUUGAUUUGGAAGAAACUGGAGAAAGAGAGCUUUCCCUGAUGGAGAACGUGUUAGGAAAGACAACUGCUAUUGAAGAAACAGAGGCAGAUAUGAAACAAAGUGGACGAGGAAUUUCCUUGAGGAAUCCCAGCUCAGAGAUUAGUGCUACUGAGGAAGUGGUUGCAGAUUUGGGAAAACCUAGAGAAAUGGACAUUUCCCUAAGGAAAUAUGAAGCAGAGGAGACCAGGACCUCAAGACAAAUGGAGACAGACUUAAUGCAGAGCAGUAGUGGUGGCUGCGGCACUGUGCCUUCACUAGAUACCAAAAACAUUAGCAGUGAAGUACUAUCCAUGGUACUUACACCUGAGGCAGAAAAAAGAAAUUCUGAAAAGGAACUAUUGAGUAGUUUGAAGACUUCCUUGCAGACUUUGGAACUUGGUAAAACCGAAGACCAGGGGAUGCAAUCUCCAGAUGCUCCAGAGCAGUUUUCAGAUAAUAAUUCAAGCAAGUCUCUUCCUCAAGAACAGAAGCCAUUUGAAGUUAAACCAGCACCUUUUGUGAGAAGUCGAUUCAAAAGACCAAAACCAAACUUAGCAAGAGCAACUUUAAAGAGAGAGACUACGGAAGCAGGAAAAUAUGUACCUGGGAAGAAAUUGGAAACGGAUAAAGCUGAGACUAUUGUGUUACAGCAGAGCAGUGAACAGAUGAACACUCUCCCUUCUCAACAUGAUGUUGCUUCCCUAAUGGCAGCAGGAGAAAAAGACAAAUCAGGUCACAGGCAGGAGGAGGUUGUGAUAUUACCAUGUAUACAGACUGAAAAGGACCUUUCACCUUCAAGUUCUUGUGGUCCUCAAGAGGAGUCUCAGCCUGUGCAAGCCCAGGAAAAGGAAUUAGUUGUUUCUAUGGGGGCUCAUAAUAUAAACAGUUCCCAGCAAGAAUCCAAGGAAAGUGUUGUCCCAACCAUUCGAACAGUAAGGGGCCGACUUCAAAGACCCAGACCAAACAUAAGAAAGAUUGGACAGAGGCAUAUAGAAAAAGGUGAAGCCAAAGGCAUAGUUGAGGAAGAAAAAACAGUAGUACAGAAAGAUGAAACUAAAAAACUAUUGACUGUGCCAAAUUCUCCAGUUGGAACUGAAAUUGAAGUUGUAUCCUCCAAAGUUUCUGAAGGUAGACUACAUGAAAACCAGAGUCACAUGGUUCUUGUAGACCCUCUUCAUGUUAACAAAGUAAAUGUUUUAGAUGAAAAGAUGAGACCUGAACCUAAAAGGUAUGUUCCUAGUCCAGCACAGUUGACAAGAAGGCAAUUCCAAAAGGCUAAGCCACAUUUGGGAAGAGCACAUGGUAAGAAGGAGGAACUACGUAUAGAAAAAGACAGAACAGAUCAGAGUGAGGCAAGGAAGCCAGAAGAUAAUUUGCUGCAGCCAGGAGAUGAUACCCAGCUCCUUCAAAAAGAAAAGGCUGAGUUUCUGACAUCAUUGGAGGUUUCAGCAAGAAAAGAUUGUAUAGAUUCCAGAGAGGCUAUUUUGGCCAAAAAAGAUGCCCAUUCAGAAGUUGGACCAUCAGGAAGUGUUGGAGAAAAAACUGUAGUGGAUAAUUCUGUGUCUUCAGUUGUUGAAGAGCAGUGUGUCAGUAAACUAACAAGCCCUCCACAACUAUUGAAAGAAUCAAGUUACUCUAAAAUUGCUCUGGAUCGAAGAACAACGAUCUCUUCUGCUUCUGAGAACGAGGUGGAUCAUGGUGGAAGGAGAAUGCAUCGAAAGAUCAAACCAAAUGUCACUAGGGGCCGUGGAUCAAAACGAAUGCGAAGUAAGACCUCUAGGAAGGAACCUCGUGCUUCCAAGUCCACACUGGUGACUCUUCGGGCUUCUCAGGAAGAAGAUGAAGAUGAUGCUGAAGAUUUUGAGCCUGAUUAUGAAGAAGACAGUUACCAUCUUGCUCCAGAAGAAGUAAACAAAGCUCCAGUGUUUGUUCCCAUUGGUCUCAGAUCUCCCGAACCUGUUACUGCUCAAAUUGAGGAAACGAUGGAAGAGCUUGAAAUAACUGUGAAUGCACCUGAUGUAGGAUGUAUAGCUGUUGUUGAGCAUCCAGUCUCCAGCACAGAUGUGACUACUCAGCAAAUGAAACAAGAAGAAAAUUUGAAGGCAUUAUCUAUGGAAAUGACCACAGGUGAACAUACCCAAGAUGAAACAGGUACCAAUGAUGGAAGCACUGAAGCUGCUAUAACUUUACUUACAAUGGGAGAUCUAGUGUUGCAGUCAGAGAUUGGUACAGAACAGAGUGAUGGAGUAUGUGUACUUCUUGAUGUUCAUUCAAAGGAUAAAAGCUGUGUUCCUUUUAGCCCAGAUAAUGUAAAUCACAAAAUUGUUCGUGAAUGUCAGGAGCUUUCUUCACCUGUCAGUAGUACAUCUCCUUCACCAUUAGAAGAAAACAAGAUUGUAUUGGAAGAGCAAAGUACUAAAGAAGAAAUUGGUUUAGUGGAGGAAGUAAAGGAAAAUGCUAUAUCGACCAGGAAUACAACCUCUGAUGUGACCAGUAAUUUGAGAAUGAGAAGUAGAUUUGCCAAGCCAAAGCCAAAUCUUAAGACUUUAAGGACCAGCAGGUUUGGUGUUCAUCAGGAAGUUCCCAAUUUGUUUGCAAGCCAAGGAGAAGUAGUAAUAAGUCAAAGAGAAACUGAGAAAAAUGGUUCUGAAGCAAUGGAGGAAUUACAAGAUAAAAAAUUUGAAUCACUUACAACAGCACUGAAUAAGGAGCAGAACAUCUUGGCAUGUGAACAUGGUAUUGAAGAGAUGACUAUUUCUCAAGAAGCAAACCUAACUGAAAGAAAUGAUGAUCAAGAAGAGGAAUCUCAAAAGGUUCAGUUAUUUUCAGUUGAUCCAAUUGUUUGCUCUGAAACAAAGCCCCAUACGCUUGGUUCAGAUAUGGGUCUCAGUGAGAGUUGUAUCAAAGAGCCUGAGAGAGAGGACUCUAAUGGAGACACUGUGCUUACACUUAAUGUGUCAGAGUGUACACCAAGUAGUAUGCCAGAAGUUCAACAGGAGAAUGUAAUCAGUUCUCAAGAUUUAACAGUGAAUCUAGUUGCUAACGUACAUCAAGGUGGUGAAGAUGAACAAGCAUUCAUUUUAACUCUGGUGGAAAUCCCAACCAAUGCCAUAGAAGAAUAUACUGAUACCACUGCCCACUUAAUGCCAAACCCUUUACUGCCAGCGCCCAUAUUGAUCAAGUCCGUGAAUACAGAAGAAAGGAGUGACAUGAGUAUGAGUUUUCCAGUAACUUCAGUUGGUCAGGAUGCCAUGUGUAUAUCUGAUUCUGGAAGAGAGGAUUCUGAAAAGCUUCCUGCUAAUUUGGAUCUUAUAACUAGGAAGAGAUUUCAUUGUACGCUUGAUGAAAGUGACCAUGUUCCUCCUGCCAAAAAAAGUUCACUCACUUCAAGAGAUGAUUGUCAAAAUUAUACCUCUGAGGGGUGUUCAGAGGAAAUAAGUGUUGAGGAAACAGGGGAGUCUUACAAGGGACAAGAUACCUUCCCUACCUCAGGAAGCACACAUACAACUCCAGAACCUCAGAAAGAGCAACUUGAACCAACUUUGCAGCGUAUAGGAUCUCAAUCUCUUGACGAAAUAAUAGACACGCAUGCAGAAACGAGUACACCUCAGUUACCUCAGAAUGAGAUGAUUGUCUCUGAUAAGGAAGAGGGAACUGGUGCUGCUUCAAAGUCUGAACAAAUGGGUAGCACCACAGCAGCUUCAAAAACCCCAUUAUCCAGACCUGGCAGAAGACCCCUGGGAUUUUUGUCUUUAAUAUGUUCAAAGAAUAGUUUGGAGUCUGAUGAACCUACUCAUGUUUAUAAUAAGAAACGCCUAAAGCCUUUUAUACCUACACUAAGACAGAAUUUGAAAAGAUCAAAUCCACUCAAUGAAAGCCAGAAAAAAACCCAAGAGUCCUCUGAUCUGCUUCCAUCUCCAAGUGUUGUUGUUAAUACCGAAUCUGAGAAUAUUGGCAGUUCACCAGCUCAGGUUUCUUAUGAUCGUCCCUUACCAAAAGAGGAAUGUAAAACUGGCCAAACCCGGGCACCUGAAGAGGGGCCAACCACAGUCUCUGAAUAUUUUUUUAGUGAUAUAUUUAUUGAAGUGGAUGAAACAUAAUAAAAGUCUUUUUUUUUUCUUUUUUUUUUUUUCCCCAAAGUCUAGGAUUUCCAGAGUCAAUUAUAUCACCUAAGCAGUAUUUAGAAAAAAGCAUCACUGGCUGUUUUUCUUUAGAUUGACUUUAAAUAUUUAAUGAGCUUGAUUUGAAGCUUUUAUAAUCAUUGGAAAACAUUGCUGAGGUUCCUUUCAUUCUGAUUGAUUCAGCAUUUUGGAAAUACAAAGCAAUUAAGACUGCUUCUGAGACAGAAAAAGCUUCUCUUGUUUACAUUUUUACUCUUCCUGUGCUGAACAUACGUGGACAUUCUGGAGUGUUUUGGAUAAAUGUUUAUGUAUAAAUCACAGUGCCCAAGUAUUCGGAGGUGGAUUGUAUUUAACACUUAGCGAACUUCUUUUGUAAAGGUUUUUUUCUGGGGUCUUUUUUUGGGGGUGGGAGGUUUUUGUUGUUGUUGUUGUUGUUGUUGUUCUUUGUUGGUUUUGCUGAAGGCCUUUUCAGUUGCCUCUCGGUAUAUGAAAGCAUAUUGUGAAACUCCACUUUAGUAUGGUAAAUGUUAAAAACUUUUCUAUUUUCAUCUAUUUGACUGGAAAAUAUGUAUUUUUCUAAUUGAUGUUGAUGUAACAUUAGUCCUAAUUGAACAAGUAAGUAGUAUUUAAACUUAUUAUUUAUAAAGACAAAACAUCAAAAAGUUUAUUUAUUUUUAAAUUGUUUAUUUAAAAGAAUAUUCAGUUUUAAUUAUUUUCACCACUCAGAUUAUGGGUAAAGAAGGCAUUGACAAAUUUAUGUUUGUCCCUUUUCCCUCUUUAAUUUUAAAGAUAUUUAAAGUUAUAUCACUAAAGUAUUUGGAUAGUAUAUGUUUUGAAUACAUUUUUUCUCAUAGUUUAGUAUAUUGAAUUUGUACUGUGAAUUUUUGGUUUUUCUUAUUUCUUGGAUAAUCUCAGGAUUUGACUGGGGGAAAAACCCUUAAUUUAUGAGGGAGAUUUACAUACAAAACUCAAUCCCCUUUACACACACAUACACUUACACACAUUCCUUUUUUAAAAAACUGAUUUCUUUAUAGUUUUUUUCCCCCAUUAAAUUUGGCUUAAGGAACACUCAGACCUUUAAGCAUCGAACAUAAUUGUGAUGUUAAAGCAGAAAAUAAGAUAAUAUUUUGUUCAGUGAUUAUCAUCAGUAUUAAUUUAAGGGUUGUUUUUAAUUUUGAAAUUUUGUUAUUUACAUAUGUAAUUCCAUUAUCCACCCAAGCAAAUCUUUGGUGGUUGUUCAAAUCAAACUUCUUAAAAGCAGAUUUAAUCUUCUAUUUGAAAAGCCUCAGAGGAGUCAAAAAUAUUUUCCAGAAAAUAUUUUUGAACUUGUGGGCCAGAAGGAAUCUGUGGCAACUACUAAACUCUGCUAUUUCAGUGUGCAAAUAGCCAGGGGACACUUAAGUGAUUGACAUGGCUGGAUUGGGCUUUUAGUUUGACCCCUACGUUAGACAGCAAUUUUCAUACCUUAAGGUGCUGACAUCUUGAUCUUAUCUAUGAAAUAUUCAUCAUUGAAGUUAUGAGUUGUGCAUCACAGUUAAAACUGUGUUGAUUGAUUGCAUUACAAAAUGAUCAGUAUUUCAGUUGGGAAAAUAUUUUAAUGUCUAGAUAACUGUAUAUUGAAAAAAAUUGUGGCCAAUUUUUGAGUUCAUUAGUAAAAUCGGAUAUGGCUCAACAAUAACAGCUUAUUCAUUGCUUUACAGUGAAAUUUACAAUUUAACUUUUUUGUCAUAAAGGAGGAUCUAUAAAUCUGAGUGGAAAUUCUCAAUAGGUAUGCAUUAAUUUGUGUGAUUAAGAUGUCACAAAAAAAUCAUGGUAUUAAAUCACAUUGCCAUUUUAAUGCCCUGUUUUUAUAAAAUUUUUUAAAGUCUCAUAUUUUGAAAGUUUCUUUCAUUCAGUUAGUGUUAGUUUCAGUGUUAAGUUGCCACAGUUAAACUAUUAUUUUAUCCCUUGUGUAAUAUUUAUUUUUUAACUUUGCUAACAUCUGUCUUGUACAUCUAUAAUGAAUUGGUUUUAUGGAAGAUAUAAUUUCUUACUGUAUAAGAAAUAAUUUUAUCUUUGGGCAUUCAUUGUGUUAGAGAAUCAAGUCAGCCAGCUAAAUUGUCCUACUAUUGUAUCCUUAAAACUAAUCUGGGAAAAUGAGAAAACGUAAUCAGUGUCUUUACCUUACAAGGUGGAAAGAAUUAGUCACACCUAUAUUUAAUCUGAUUCAUGUAAAGAUGAUGUUGUGAAGAAUUGUAUAAAUCUUAAAAGAGGUAUGAAUAAUGGUUUUGUUUUCUUGAGUUUUCUUCCUGAAAACUUAGGUCUUAGCAAGCAAUCAACAUGAUGGUUUAAAAGCCUAACUAUUGGUAAAUGAUUGAGGCACAGAUAAAAUUAUGAAUAUCCACUGUUGACCAUAUUAUUUGAAAUAGAAGUGACCAUGUAUAUACUCUCUUGCUUGAAGGAGUUUUUGACAAAAAGCAAUAUCUGUCAUUUGUACAUUUUCUUGUUCUAAAGAAAGCAGUUAUGUUCUAUAGGUAUAAAUUAUGUAAAUAAAAGUUAUUUUAUACUA